AUGGGUCAUGGCAGCAGCGGCGACGGCAGCUGCGCAGGAGACGGAGAUCUGGCCGUGGUGCCCGUGGAAGCCAAGCCGCAGCCGCAGCCGCAGCGACAGCCCACCCUCGACGGGCCGCCCUUCCUCAUCUUCGAAAAGUGCAGGGCGCUGGAGCUCUUGGACUGCCAUGCCUGCCACCUCCCCCUCAAACCACCUAUUUUCGCGUGCGACGAAGGGCACCUGAUGUGCUCGUCCUGCCGCGGUGCGCACGGCGAGGACUGCGGCCGCGUCGCCGCCCACUGCCGCCUGGCAGACGCCUACGCCGGCGCCGUCAAGCUGCCGUGCGACUACGUCAAGUUCGGCUGCGAGGCGGGCCUCGUCGGGCCAGGGGGCGGGGAUGGCGGCUGCGACUUCUCCGGCUCCCGGCAGAUGCUCCUCGACCACAUCUCCACGGAACACUCCCGCCCCGUCAUCGUCGUCCGCUAUGGCCAGCCGGGGAAGCUCAGCCUGCCCCUGACCCGGCGCUGGCACGUCCUCCUCGGCGAGGAGGAUAUGGCCGACCGGCAGCGGAACGUGUUCCUGCUGGUCCUCGCCGAGCGCGACAAGGGCGCCGCGGUGUCGAUGGUGUGCGUCAGGGCGGACGAAGGCGCACCGGCGGUGCCGCAGUUCUCGUACAAGCUCACCGUGGAGCACGCCGGCAGUGGUGCGAGGGUGACGUUCGAGUUGCCCGUGAUGACAUUCAGCUCCCUGCCCGGUGGCACGCCAUGGCCGGAUGAGGUCACGUCUUUGUACGUGCCGAAAGCGUAUUUGUCGGGCGACGCUGUCCCCCUCGGCAUCCACAUUGACAAACUCGUUCCUCCUCCUCUUCCUCCUCCUUCUGACACUACUCCUCCUGCGCCGGCAACCGCCGCGGUCUUCAAGUUCACAGCGACAGAUCAAGGCAACAAGAAACGAAAAUCUAGCAAUCCAAGGAAACUCUAG